AUGGACGAUACAGCGAAAUCACCGAAUUCACAGAAUACAUCCAUUCUCUAUGAUGUACCUAUUGAAUAUUCAUCGCAACCGGUUGACAAAAAAGUUGCAAAACCUAAGCGCAAGAUCAACACCGACAGUCCGCGAUUUUCGCCAAAUGUAGUUGUUGUUGUCAACAAUUCGAAUGUGCUGCCUGCUCAACAAUACUCCAUGAAAGAGAAUUGGCACCCAAGAGCGCGGGAUACUCGCGAAGUGACUAAUGACCACCUUGAUAACGGAAAGGGAAAAAAUAUCAUGGACGAAGCCAUAAAACCGCAAGAUGCUUCAUUUUAUGGAAUGAGUGGUGUUCAUAAGCGAUCUGCUUGCGUUCUUAGAGACAUAACGAAUGUUAAUCAAGAAACGGUACAACAAGUUCCUUCUGAAAAAAGGAAAUUGCUACAUGAUGCUUUUAAUACACGACGUGUUGUUCGGACGCAAUCGAGUUGGAUUCUCAGUGAUGUUUCAAAUGGAGAAAAACAAGCAAUUGAAAAGGGAAAGGGAAUUAUCAUCGAACACGGAACAUCGCAUGAAGACGCAUUUCAUGGAAUCCACGGUUUUCAAACUCCAUUGAGCUGCGUUACAUCGGACAUACUUAAUGAUACUAACCGGCACUCUUAUGAUCCUAAAUCGGGAACGUAUGACAUUCCGGUUAACUCUCUAAAUUCAUUCUACGAAACCACAAGAAGGCAUGGAAAGAGAAUUUCAAGGAGUAAAAAAAGGAUACAAUCGGUUGCACGUGGAUUAAGUAUGGAUAAUACACCAACUAUACUAGAAGACGAGGAUUCUCAAACAUUACGAGAUGUCACAUCAGACAGUGGAGAUUCUGAGUAUGUUUCCAACGACGACAAUAGCGAUGAUUCAGCUGAUUAUGAAGAUUACGACGAUCUGGGAGAUCAGUCGUAUGAAUGUCAAUCGUGUGGUGCAAUGAUGUGGUACGCUGAGCGCCUUGAUAAGCACAGGAACACAUCGAGACCCGAGUUUUCUCUGUGUUGUCAGAAAGAUAAAGUACAACUGCCUUAUAUGAAAAAUGCCCCACCUACUCUUUCCAAUUUACUUUUCGGUCAGAAUUACCACAUGUUGGGUAGUAUGUUACCAGAGGAAGGUGCACGACCUAAAUUCGCACAACUUUACAUCUUCGAUACGGAGAAUGAAGUCCGCAAUAGAAUUGAUGUUGUCAGGUCUGGAAAUGGCUCGAACAACCUUGAUACUCAAAUUGUUGCAUCCUUGAAGGAUAUGAUCGACGAGAACAACGUCCUUGCUCAGUCGUAUAGAGCUGCGCGUGAUCGAUUUUCGAGAGAAGGCCUGCAAGGUGUUAAGCUAAAGCUGGUUAAGAGUCGUAGCACCAAUGGGAGGACUUACAAUCUCCCUAAUGCGAGUGAGAUAGCAGCGUUGAUAGUUGGAGAUUUUGACACGCAAGAGGGUGUUAGAGACAUUGUGGUUGAGACUCAGUCCAAGAAGCUGCAACGCAUUAGUGAACUGCACCCAUUGUACCUGCCGUUCCAGUAUCCGCUCAUAUUUCCUUAUGGGGAAGAUGGAUAUAGAGAGGAUAUUGACUUGAGAGAGUCUUUUAGAGGUAACAGUGGAAAACGAAAGAACUUAACCAUGCGAGAAUACUUUGCUUACCGUUUCCAAAAAAGAAGCAUCGACAGUCCAGUACUGCUGAAUUCAAAAAAGUUGUUCCAACAGCUUGGAGUGGACGCGUAUUCUAUGAUUGAGUCGCAAAGGUUGAAUUUUAUUAGGCACAACCAGGACCAGUUGCGUGUGGACAUGUACAAAGGCAUUGAAGAACGUUUUUUCAAAGGGGACACUGAGGGAAAAUCAGUUGGAAAACGCAUAAUUCUGCCAGGUUCUUUCAUUCCUGGACCUCGGUACAUGUUCAAUAAUUUUGUCGACGCACUUCAAAUUUGUAACUGGAUUGGUUUUCCAUCAUUAUUCAUAACUAUUACAUGCAACCCACAAUGGCCUGAAAUACAAAGGGUCCUCAAUGAUACAAGUCUCAGACCGGAGGAUCGCCCUGAUAUUCUAUGUCGCGUAUUCAAAAUGAAGUUGGACAGUUUGAUGACGGAUUUCAAGAAUGGACAUAUAUUCGGACGAAUUAGAGCACAUGUGUGUACUAUAGAAUUUCAGAAGCGUGGUCUGCCUCAUGCACAUAUAUUGUUGUGGUUGGAUAACGAUGCCAAACCUAAGUGCUCCGCCGACAUCGACACGAUGAUCUGUGCGGAAAUUCCAGACAAAAAAACCGACAGAAAGAUGUACAACUUGGUAGAGAAAUACAUGAUACACGGCCCGUGCGGCCAUGCGAAUUUGAAUUCACCGUGCAUGAAGGAUGGCGUUUGUACGAAGAGGUUUCCAAAAAAGUUUGUACAGCGAACCGAGGCCGACCCUGAUGGUUACCCGGUAUAUAGGAGAAGGGAUGAUGGAAGAACGGUUAGGAAGAAGAAUACUAUUCUUGAUAAUGGAUUUGUGGUUCCCUACAACCGUGUGUUAUUGAGUAAAUACCGAGCCCACAUCAAUAUUGAGUUGUGCAACCAGAGCAAGUCAAUAAAGUAUUUGUUCAAGUACGUCAACAAGGGAGACGAUCGUGUCACGGCAACAUUUUUCCAACCUCCGUCUACGGACGCUGAUCCUGCUGUUCGUGAUGAAAUCAAAAUGUAUUAUGAUUGCAGAUAUUUGUCUGCGUGCGAGGCAAUGUGGAGGAUAUUUGCAUUUGAGAUACAUUACCGAGAUCCACCCGUCAUUAGAUUGAGUUUCCAUCUCCCCGACAAUCAACCGUUGGUAUUCAAUGAGAACCAAUCAUUAAAGAGAGUCUUGGAAAGGACAACCGCGAGGCAAACCAUGUUCUUGGCGUGGUUCGAGGCGAACAAGACCUACCCACCAGCUAGGGAGUUACGGUACGCAGAGUUUCCCCAACAUUAUGUGUACAAGGAUGAUUCUCGGGUGUGGGUGCCAAGAAAGAAGAGGUUUGCCAUUGGAAGAGUCACCAAUGUGCCCCCGACAAAGGGAGAAGACUUUUAUCUUAGAUUGUUGCUCAACGUCCAAAGAGGGUGCAAAAGUUACGAGGACAUCAGACGUUUGAGCAGACCGGAACAUGUUUGGGAGAAAUGUUGGUCCAAUUUGUCUGAUGAUAUUACAUACAAGCACCAGAAACGUCAUAAUAAUCCAGAUUUGACUCUAUCGGAUGAUAGUUUGAAGAACUACGCCUUGAUAGAAAUCGAGAAGAUCCUACAGAGCAACGGCAAGAGCUUGCGGAAUUUUGACUCUAUGCCGAUGCCACUAGAUUCGUCGAUGGAUGACACGGAGAACCGAUUAGUGCUCGAUGAGUUGGACUACGAUGUAUUUGCGAUGACUGAAGAACUGAAACGAUAUCUUUCUUCUAUCACAGAUGAGCAGAGAAGGGUCUACGAUGCCAUCAUGGAUGCUGUGUCGAAGAAUUGUGGCGGGAUGUACUUCCUCUACGGUCACGGAGGUACCGGAAAGACAUUUAUAUGGAGAACGUUGUCCGCUGCUGUCCGUUCGAAGGGGGAAAUAGUUCUUAAUGUUGCUUCGAGUGGCAUAGCAUCAUUGCUGCUUCCCGGUGGCCGGACCGCUCAUUCUAGAUUUGGACUCCCCAUCAUUGUGCACGAUGGUUCCACCUGCAACAUUACACAGCAGAGUCCACAAGCAGAAUUGCUUAUAAAGGCCAGGCUCAUUAUAUGGGACGAGGCACCGAUGAUGCAUAGAUAUUGUUUCGAAGCGCUUGACAAGACCUUGCGAUCUAUCACGCAUGUUCCCAAACCAUUCGGUGGCAAGGUUGUCGUUCUUGGCGGAGACUUUAGACAGAUUUUACCUGUUGUACUGAAGGCAUCAAGGCAGGACAUUGUUCACGCUACGAUCAACUCAUCUCAGCUUUGGGAAGAAUGUAAGGUUCUUAAGUUGCAUACGAAUAUGAGGCUUCAAUCAAGUUCUAAUACAUCGGAAGUUGAAGAAGUAAAGGAGUUUGCUGAUUGGAUACUGAGUAUCGGUAAUGGGGAGGCGGGAGAGCAAAACGAUGGUGAAGCGUCUGUUGAGAUUCCCGAGGACAUGCUAAUUCCCGAUUCCGAAGAUCCAUUAUUGGAGUUGUUGCAGUUUGUAUAUCCGGAUUUGUUGAGUAACAUAUCAAAUCCCGAUUACUUCCAAGGGAGGGCGGUGCUUGCGCCGACUAAUGACUGCGUUGAGUUUGUCAACGAAUAUUUAUGUUCCCUCUUUCCCGGCGAAGAGAAGUUGUACCUCAGUGCGGAUAGUAUGUGCAAGGAUGAGAUGAGUUCGGAAGAGAAUGCUCAAAUUUAUACGACCGAAUUCCUCAACACCGUGUCUUGCUCCGGUCUCCCUUCACAUAGGCUGAAACUCAAGGAAAAUGUUCCUGUUAUGCUCAUACGAAACAUCGACCAGGCGAGAGGCCUUUGCAAUGGAACCAGACUUCAAGUUGUUAGAAUGGGAACUCAUGUUCUUAGCUGCAAGGUUCUAUCUGGCAAAAAUACCGGUGAUGUUGUUUUCAUUCCUCGGAUGACGUUGGUCCCGUCGAACUCUACUCUGCCAAUUAAGUUCCAGAGGCGACAAUUUCCACUGAUGAUUUCAUUUGCAAUGACCAUCAACAAGAGUUAG